UAUGAAUUAACAAAACUAAAUUAUGUAUCAACAACAACAACAAAUUCCUCCAUAAUAACAUAGAGAUUACAAUGUUCCACCACCUGGUAUAGAUUACCUUCAUUUUACAUUUUAGGUUACCGAGCUCCACGUUAUCCAAGAGAAGAAUUACCUGAAAAUUAAGAAUAGAAUCUAGAUCUAGGAGGUUCCUAUUAAUCUUAUCUCUAUAAUUGUGGAGAAUGUUGUGGUAAUUGCAAAGCUGUCUGUCCCUGUAACCCUUUUGUAGAAUAUCCAUAUGUUCAAGUUGAACAAAGUUUUGUUGGGGUCUAUUUACGUUUUGGUAAAUAUAUCAAGACAGGUAUAUAAACUAUUAAUUUAAGUUCAACCUGGAUUAAUCUACAUCAAUCCUUGUACAGAUACAAUUUAAAAAGUCGAUUGUAAAGUUUAAAUGAUUGAUUGUCCAAGAUAGUAAGUUAUGACUAAGGACAAUAUUUUAGUCAGCAUUGAUGCAACUGUUUAUUAUAGAAUAGUUAUACCAAGACGCUCCAUAUUUUAUAUCAAUGAUCUCCAUUAGGCUGUUACAUAAUUGACAUUAGCUACUAUCAAAAGCAUUGCAGGAUCUCAUACUUUGUAAGAAUUAUUAGAAAAAAGAGCAGAAGUUCAAUAACAAAUUGAAGCUUUUGUUGAUGAGCAUGUUUGGGAAUGGGGAAUCGAUAUUGAGAACAUGUUGAUUAAAGAUAUUUAAUUAAAUGCUGAUUUAUAGAAUACUUUGUCAAUGGCAGCAAAAGAAUAAAGAGCAGCUUAAGCUAAGGUCAUUUCUGCAUAAGGAGAUGUUUAAUCAGCUAAACUCAUGAGAUAGGCUGCAGAACUUUUAGAUUCUAAAGCAGCCAUGUAAAUUAGAUAUCUAGAUACAAUCACUACCUUAGGAUAAUAGGGAUCCACUAAAGUAGUAUUGCUUCCAACAGAAUCUAAAUGA